AUGGCAGAGACCUCAUCUUCUCUUCUCAGUCAACCAGUGGCACCAGAAGAUCUUCAGAUUGCCAUUGCCACAUUCCAAAGCGUCUUGAGCGAUGACCAGCGCCGAGAACUCAAGUCAAUGGGCGGGAACCCCAACACGGCCACGGUCAUGGAAUUUACCGCCAAACUAGACUUGAUGAACAGACAACGAAAGGGCAGAAGUUUUUCUAGCCGUUUAUACUCCUUGCUAUCGUCAAUUGGAAGCUUCUGCAAUAUCAUGGACACGUACGUAUCUGCACGUCCAGAGGUUGCCGCGCUGUUGUGGGGCAGCGUCAAGUUGACCAUGAUAGUCGUUACAAACUUCACAUCGUAUUACGAUGCUACUUCCAAUUUGUUCCUGAAGCUCGGCAGCCUAUGUCCACUCGUAUCCGAGUACCAGUCACUAUAUCCUGAAUCGACCAGAUUGCAAAAAUCAAUCAACAAAUUCUAUGCGUCGAUAGUCUAUUGCUGCAAGCAUGUGUUGGAGGCAAUAAAGCGUCCUUGGCAAAUGCAAGUCGCCCAAGCGCUUCGAAUGUCAUUCGACAAGGAAUUCAAGCCAGAUCUGGAGGACAUUGAAAGAUGCAGUAACAACAUCAAAGAAGAGAUGAUAUUUGCUCAAGCACAAGCUAUUCAGCGUCACCAGAAACAACAAGUAAUAGCACAGCGCGAAGCAGCAAAGGGCAGGUCCAAGAUGAACCGAUUCUUCUCACGUACGGAUCGCAGCCUGCAUAAAAUGGAAGACAGACAAUUACAAAACGAUAAACAAAACAUGCGGAAAAAGAGACAACAGCUCUUGGAUUCGCUUUCAACCCAUGACUACAUGAGGGCUCUCAAGCAAAGUAGUCAGAAACGAUACAGCAGCACAGCAAAUUGGGUCUUUGAAACCCCACAAUUCCAACAGUGGCUCGAGGGAGAAAGUUCUCUACUUUGGUGCUCAGGUAAAAUUGGGUCCGGAAAGACUAUUAUCACCGCAAGUGUGAUUCAACAUAUUCUCCAAAUCAAGGAGGACGGGAAUAGUUCUCUGGGACCGGUUUCGUUCUUUUUUGCGCAGUUUGAUGACAGCGAGUCUCUGCGCGCCGAAAUUGCCCUCAAGUCAAUCCUGCGCCAAAGGCUAGAGGCCAUGGAUAUUCCAGAAGAGUUAUACGAAACGUCAGCAGCGGAUUGGCAUGACCUUUCGAAGCCUCUUGAAAGAUACAUGUCAGUGCCACAAAGGUCAUUCAUUUUGGUUGAUGGGCUCGACGAAUGUAGCAAAAUGGAUCGCAAAGAGCUACUGAGUAAAUUGGCAAAAUUAUGUUCUGCUAAUGCCAACAUACGCGUGUUUCUGGCGAGCCGCCCGAGUCUUCGAGAAGAGAUUCAAAAGUAUUUCAGGUCAAUGGAGUAUCUCACAUUGGACUGUGCAGCAACAAAUGAGGAUAUUUCCACCUACGUCGAAGGAAUACUCAAUGAGAAACAUGAGGAUGGGGACUUCAAGGUCGGAGAUCAGUCCUUGAUCGAGGAUAUCAAGAAUGCACUGGUUCAAGGUGCCCAGGGAAUGUUUCUCUGGGCUUAUUUCCAGCUCGAGACCGUAUGUUCCCAGCACUGUGAUGAGGAUAUUCGGCAAGUCUUGUGCGAUCUCCCAGAAGGUCUGGCAGAGACGUUUCGACGAGCGCUUGGUAGAAUAGAGAACGGUCAUCAUGGCAAAGCGGCACGAAAGGUUUUCCCAUGGAUUGCUGGAUCCAAACGACCGUUAUCUCUUCUCGAACUUCGCGAGGCCAUCGCAAUUGAUAUUGGUCAGCAAUAUUCGAGACCAGAUCGUCUAUACAACGACAUGGACAGCAUAGUAUCAUGGUGCCAGAAUCUGAUUCAGGUCGAUGAAGAAAGCCAUAUUGUCCAGUUUGCGCAUUCUGCCAUCAAGCAGUUCCUGAUGGGGACAUCCACUACGUCUACACUCGAAGACUACCACUUAAAAGUGGAAGAGGUUGACCACAGACUUGGCGAGAUAUGCGUGACAUACCUCAAUUUCAACGACUUCAAGACCACAUUGGCCGUACGGCCGAAACCUCUUGUGCUCGACCCAGUCCAGAUAGUACAGCAGGUUUUGAAACCGGGAUCAAGACGUGCUGCGAUGCUGUCACAGUGGAGGCCCAAAUCCAGUGCGUCAAAACACGAUCUAAGAACAUCCACCGCGAUAUCGCCGCAUGUUUCUACGUCCGUUUCGAUUAUAGAUGAUGAGCACCCUUUUCUUAAAUAUGCAUCAAUUCACUGGAUUUACCACACCACACAAUUCAAGAAAGAGAAAUCAGAGACCUGGGGGAUUUGGGCCAAUUUUGUAAUGGGCGUGCAGAGCCUUGGGCGCGCACAAACACCAUGGCAAGGCGACCUCCCCACCUCCAAGUAUGAGAUCUGGAAAUGGUCAUUCGAGCAUCGGCAUUAUGCAAUGAUGCAUCUUUUGCUUUCACGUUUUGAACCUGUGCCAGAAGCAAAGACCGCCUUUGAAAAGGCAGCCGAGGAAAAUGAUCUCGAAUUUUUUCGAAUGUUGGCAGGCAUCCCGGAGCUUGGAGAGGUAGCUGUGGUUGCUUUACAGGCUGCUGUGAAGAAUGGCCACCUUCAAGUAGUUGACGAAUUAUCAGCACGCCGAGCCAACUUGAAGACAGAGCCUGCAGAAUGUAAUACAUGGGUAGCUCUCCAAGCUGCCGCCGCCAAGGGCCAUAUACUGGUGGUUUCAAGUAUCGUUGCCGCCAUGGCAGCAGCCAAAGCUCGCCAGGCUUGGGAACCCGGCGGGACUACAUUGCAGCUCGCUGCAGAAAGGGGCUACUCGCUGGUAGUCGAAAAGCUCCUGAAAACCGGGAAUGAGGUCAACAACAUCGACGGACGGACUGCACUACAACUUGCCGUCAGUGGUGGCCAUCUGGUAGUGGUCGGGCAGCUCCUCGCAGCCAAGGUCGAGGUCAACACGAUUAAUAGCGAUGGUAGAAGUGCACUACAACUUGCUGCAGAGUAUGGCCAUGGGGAGAAAAUCGAUAGACUCCUGGCGAUCCACGCCGGUGUCAAUGCCCAAUUCCACAGAACCAGUGCGCUGCAACUCGCCGCCGAAAGAGGCUCCCGAGCCAUUGUCGAUAGACUUCUGGCUGCUGGUGCAGAUGUCAAUGCGGGAUCUCCCGGGCAGACUGCACUGCAACUUGCUUCGGUAAAUGGCCAUUCGGAAAUAGUAGAUAGCCUUCUCAAAGCCAAGGCAGACGUCAAUGCAGCGUCUUAUGGCCAAGCAGCGCUCCAAUUGGCGGCCAAAAGGGGCCAUCUAGAAGUGGUUGAUCGACUCCUCCAGGCCGGGGCCAAUGUCGACGCCGCACAUGACCUGGGGCAGACGGCGUUGCAGAUGGCCGCCAGCAGGGGCCAUUUGGCAGUCGUUGACAGACUUCUCGUCGCCCAGGCCCAUGUGAAUUUGACCUCGCGGGUGGAAGAGACGGCGCUCCAGUUGGCCUUGACCGGGGGGCACCUCGAGGUAGUCGCUCGACUUCUCGAAGCCGAGGCCGACUUUGACACGGAGACGUACCGUGUUGCGCUCGAUUUGGCCUCAAAAAAGGGUGAUCUCAAGCUCAUCAAGACACUCUUAAACGGCCCAUCACGGAGGGGGCCGCGCGUGGGAACCAGUAUCAGCGGCGCAGGACGCCAUACAGUCUUGCACAGGUAG